AACACACACAGUUUCUGUUUCACUGUUUUUGUUUUGUUUUCCUCUCAUAACAUAACCAAAAAAAUGUUCGUAAGUAUUGGCCAAGCUAACGACCAUCUUCUCAAGAAACAGAGAGGCAAAAACGCUCAGAUAGGUGGAUGGAGUUUCUUGCAAUCUCUCUGUGAAGCCAAGGGCAUUGUCCGAAACAGAGAAGACGAAACAAAGAAACCAGCUUACGUCCACCCAACUGAUCAGAAGCUGUCCGUAGCUAAACUGAGCCUUGAGAUGUGCACAGAGAGUCUCGGGAAUGAAAGUGGGAGUGAAACUGGGGACGAGGUCUCGUUGCUUGCGCUGGAAGCAACCUGUAUACCAAUGAUUUCUCUGACCGUGAAACCUCGAGAAGAAACUUACUCUACCGUACGUGAAAACAGUUUUCCUCCGCCGUUAAAAUCCGUGAAGGGUUUUAGUCAUAGCCGUAUGGUGAAAUCGUAUACAGAAGAUGGUCGGCUUGUUGUUCAAGAAAUUAGGGUUUGCUCACCACCUCGUUGCUUUGUAUCUGAAAGUUGUGAAGGAAGGCUUCGUCUCUGUUUAUCGGAAAAUUAUUUGCUCAGCCACGAUGGAGAUGAAGAAAAUGAAUCCGAAUUUGAAGCUCGUGACGAAGAUGAAGACAACGAGAAGGGACUAGAAGAUGAUGCAGAGGAGGACGAGGACGAGAUUAAAAUCGGAAAUAACAAAUUCACAAGGCCAAGAAGGAGAUGCAACGAAAAUGGAUGCGAGCCUAAAACAAUGCAUAAAUGGAAGCAGCAACAAUUUUGGGUGACUACAUGAUGAUGGGAUACUGAAGUCAGCAAUUUUUAUAUUUAAUACAAUAAGAGCCAUACGUUAAUUACAUAUAUGCUUAUGAUUUAGUAUGGCUUAUGAGUGUUU